AAAAAAAAUCCCUAGUGCAAAAUUCUUCAUCUACAUCUAAGCCAAAACGAUCUAAUAUGGUUGAAAAGGAUAUGAAGGAUUGGAUUCUGAACAGUCUUGAAAAUGAUGUAUUCUAUUUAAUUUCGAAUUAUUUUGGUUUUUGUGUUAAAUGUUUUAACCAAAACAAAUGUUGUUUCAAUUAUAUUUUAAGGCAUCAGAUGAUUCAGAGCUUGAACCUGUGUCAACUUAUCAACCAUUAUCUUCAUCAUUAAAAUAUGCUACAUUAAAAUGUGAAUUGGUUUUACAAAAUAAAAUUUCAUCUGUUUUAAAGAAAUUUAAUCGUAGUCAAGAGAAGCAAGAACAGGUUAAUCAAAGAAUCGAUGAAUUACAAAAAGAAAUUAAGAGUUUUGAAGAAUUAGGGUCUUAUGAAUUUAAUAGUGAUGAAGCUGAAAUGGAAUUUAAAAAUUUAAUGAAAGAUAAAGACUUAGAAAAGGAAGUAAAAGAAAUUUUAGGUGAUGAAAUCGAAGAUGGUAAAGAACAAGAUAAAACUAUUCAAAUUGAUGAGAAUAAACAACUUGAGGGUGAUCAGAAAAAGGAUAUUAUGGAAAAAAUAAAUGAUGAUGAUGAUGAUGAUUUGUUUGGUGGAUUAUUAGAUAAUGUUCCCGAUGACUCAACUACUUCUAGCGAAUCUAAUGUUUCGUCAACAAUAAUAAUGAGAGAAAUGAUUCCUAAAACAUUUACCGGAAAAUUACCGAAAGAUCAAUUAAAGGAAUUUUGUCGAAAAAAAGAUGAUAAAGUUAAAAUCAGUUUUGAUGUAGAUCGCGGUGGAAGCCAUUAUAAGUGUUCUUUAAAAAUUCGGUGGAGUAAUGAAAAGAAAGGACAAGACAAAGAAUGGAAUAUGGGGAAUGUUGCAUGUCGAAAAAAAAUAGAAGCGGAGAGCUAUGUUGCUACUUUAGCAUUAUUUGAAUUGACAGAUCUUCCGAUAUAUCUUACAUUCCCCACUUUUUUUAGAGAGUUAUGGCUAGAAUUGACGGAAGAAAAAAAGUCUGCCGAGAAUAAAAUUAAAUUAGCCGAAGAACAGGAGAGGAUAAAGUUAUUGAUAGAUGUUAUAGAGGAAAAAAAGAAAGAGAAUAUUAUUGAAGAAAAAUCUAAAAUCUCUGAUGAGUUAGAUCAAGAACAAAUUUAUAAAGAAGAUAAGUCUAGUAUAAAACACUAUAAUAUUGUGAACAAAACUAGUAGCGAGGGUGAAGCCAUGAAAAAAGCUUUCUUGAAUAGACAAAAAAAUAAAACAUACAUGGAUAUGCUAGAAAAAAGAAAGCAGCUACCAAUAUAUUCAUAUAAAGAUCAGUUUUUGGAGAAAUUGAAUAAAAAUCAAGUUGUUAUUAUAUCUGGAGAAACUGGAUGCGGCAAAAGUACACAAAUACCACAAUUUAUAACAGAAGAUAUGUUAAUGAAUGGAUAUGGUGAUAAAUGCAAUGUUAUUUGUACUCAGCCCCGAAGGAUUUCAGCAAUUUCAAUAGCGUAUAGAGUUUCUGCAGAAAUAGGUGAUUUGCCAAGAACUAUUGGAACUUCUAAAGCAUUAGUUGGAUAUCAAAUUAGAUUGGAGUCAAAAGUUGCUAGAGGAAAUAUUUUAACAUUUUGUACUUAUGGUAUAUUAUUGAGAAGAUUAGAGAGUGAUAAAUUAUUAAAGGAUGUUAGUCAUGUGAUUAUUGAUGAAGUACAUGAAAGAAGUUUGGAAUCGGAUUUUCUGAUGAUUAUUUUGAAGAAAAUAUUUGAAAGGAGGAGUGAUUUAAAAGUUAUAUUAAUGAGUGCAACAAUUGAAGCAUCAAAAAUUUCUCGAUAUUUUGACCAUUGUCCUAUAAUUGAAAUACCUGGUAAAAUUUUCCCCGUCGAAGUUAAAUUUCUUGAAGAUGUUAUUGAAGAAACAGAUUAUAUGAUUGAAGCAGAUGAUGAAUUUGCAAGGAAGGUUCACAGGCAAAUUAGAGAUGAAGGAACGAUUACAAUAACAGGAAAAGGACAAACAUCACAUAAUAUUAGAUUACAGUAUGAGGAGGAUAUAGACAGUUCAUAUGAUUUAAAUAUUCCUCAAGAAUAUCUUGAACAAUAUUCUAAGAAAACUCAGUUAGCUUUAUCACGUAUUGAUGAAACAUGUAUAAAUUAUGAUCUCAUAAUAUCUCUUUUGAAUUACAUUUGUAAUAAUCCUGUAGCAAAACAAAAAAAUAAUAUACCCGAAGAUGGAGCUAUAUUGAUAUUCUUACCUGGAAUGGCAGAAAUAAGAAGAUUAAAUGAUCAAAUUUUAUCAGAUAUUAAUUUUAGUGAUACAACAAAAUUCCUAGUAUAUCCUUUACAUAGUACUAUAAGUUCAGAAGAUCAAAACUUAGUAUUUGAUAUACCACCAAAAGGUGUUAGAAAAAUUGUUUUGGCAACUAAUAUAGCAGAAACUGGAAUUACAAUACCCGAUGUUACUAUUGUUGUUGAUACAGGAAAAGUUAAUCAGAUAAGAUAUAAUGAAAGAAAGAAAAUUACAAAUUUACAAGAAAUGUUUAUAUCAAAAGCUAAUGCUAAACAAAGGAAAGGAAGAGCUGGAAGAAUAAGAGAAGGAAUUUGUUUUCAUUUAUUUACAAAAUGGAAAUAUGAACGUGAGAUGCAUGAACAUGAAUUGCCAGAAAUUUUAAGAUUACCAUUACAAGAAUUGUGUCUUAAAAUUAAAAUUUGCGAAUUAGGUAAUAUUGAGCAAGUAUUAAGUAUGGCAUUGGAUGUUCCAUUAUCUCAAUCUAUUAAAAAUGCUAUAAUUACGUUACAAGAGGUUCAAGCAAUAACAGCAGAAGAAGAAUUAACACCAUUAGGAAUACAUUUAUCACAUAUACCAGUAGAUGUACAUCUUGGAAAAAUGAUAUUAUUUGGAUCAAUAUUUAAAUGCCUUGAUCCAAUAUUAACAAUAUCUGCAAUACUUAAUUAUAAAUCACCAUUUUUAAUACCAUUUGGUAGUGAAUCUGAAGCUGAAAUUGUUAUCAAAAAUAAAUUUAAAGAAGGCGAAUCAGAUUUAUUAACAAUGUAUAAAGGAUAUAUUUUAUGGAAAGAGUUGUAUGAAAAAGAAGUUAUAAAUAAAGGAGGUAAAGGAUGGGAGACUGUGAGAAGAUUUUGCGUAAACAAUUUUUUAAGUUUACAAAAUUUACUAAUGAUUGAAGAUAUUAAAAAGCAAUUUUUAGAAUUAUUGGUUAAUAUUGGAUUUGUUAAAAUUGAUGAGUCAAGUAAAAAUUAUUUAAGCAGAUAUAGAUUUCAAAAAUCUCGAUUACUUUGUGCUAUUCCAUCAUACUAUAAUCAAAAUAGUAAUUCAUAUGCUAUAAUUAACGCAACGAUUUUAGCAGGGUUAUAUCCAAAAAUUAUUUAUCAAGAACCUUUAAAAAAUCAAUAUUUUACUGUGAUGGAUAGUGGAAUUUUAACCAGCGGUAGUAGUGGAAUAAUAAAGGUUAAUCCAAAAAAUGUUUUUAUUCAUCCAUCUUCAAUUGUAUUUAAACACGAUUUGAAAAGCCAAGCCAAAGAAAGGAACUGGUUUAUUUAUAAUACUUUAAUACAAACUACCAAAUUAUAUGUUAGAGACGUUAGUAAAGUUGAUGUUGUAAAUUUGGUUUUAUUUGGAAGAGAUAUAGAGAUAAAGCAUGAACAUAAAAUGGUAAUUAUUGAUAAAUGGAUUGUAUUACAAUGUCCCGGUAAAACUUCUACUAUAUUAAAAUACUUGAGACAUCAGUUGAAUAAAAUAUUGAAAUAUAAAAUUGAUUAUCCAACAAGAGAUUUAGAAAAAGAACAAGAAGAUUGGUUAAAUUUAAUAUUGGAAGUUAUAAAAUGUAGUAGUAAUAAUACUACUACUUUAUCAUCAUCCCUAUAAUAAUAAUAUAUAAAUGGAUUUGUUUGGAGAUGAAUUUUUUAGUCAAUAAAAAUUUUCUUUUUAUUAUUCACUUUUAAUAAAGGAGUUUCUUGUUUCUUAACGAAUAAUAAAGGAUGUAAGCUAUUUAAUUAUAUAUAAUGGCGUUUGGUUUACGAACAAUAUUUUCUCGACCGUUUAGUAAAACGAACUCAAAUAAGUCCAAUUAAAAUAAACAAUGUUUGCCUUUCACAUUACUAUUGUGCAGUACACGUUUUAAUCUGGGAGU